AUGGAGGCGGCCGCAACGCUUCCGCUGCUGCUGCUGCUCCUCCUGGCGGCGCUCCCGGCUCCGUCGCACGCCUGGGGAGUCGACGGCCAUCUCAUGGGCCGUCUGAGUGGCGCGGCGGCGGCUGCGGUGAAGGACCUGCUGCCGUCCUACGCCGGCAACAACCUGAGCAGCCUCUGCUCCUGGGCCGACGACGUCAAGUUCCGGUACCCGUGGUCGUCGCCGCUCCACUACAUCGACACCCCCGACGGUCUCUGCACCUACAGCUACGACAGGGACUGCAAGGACGAGGACGGCGUCAAGGGCCGGUGCGUCGCGGGCGCCAUCAACAACUACACCUCGCAGCUCCUCACCUACGGAAGAUCUUCUUCCCCUGAAUAUAAUCUGACACAAGCGCUUCUUUUCCUUUCACACUUCAUCGGAGACAUACACCAGCCACUUCAUGUGGGAUUUACCUCUGACAAAGGAGGGAACACCAUCGACGUCCACUGGUACACACGGAAGACUGUUCUACACCAUGUUUGGGACGCCAGCAUCAUCCAGACGGCUGAAGACGACGUCUACGGAGACAGCGUAGCCGGUUAUAUCGACGCCCUGAAGAAAAACAUAACGCAGGGAGAAUGGUCGGAGCAAGUGUCUAGCUGGGAAGCAUGCGGCAAGAACCAGACUGCAUGUCCAGACAUAUAUGCAUCUGAGAGCAUUACUGCAGCAUGCGACUGGGCAUACAAGGGUGUCGAGGAAGACUCAACCUUAGAAGAUCCCUAUUUCUCCAGCAGACUGCCGAUCGUCAACUUGAGGCUAGCGCAAGGCGGCGUCAGAUUAGCCGCCACUUUGAACAGGAUUUUUGGUUAA